AUGAGCAAUAGCAGACGAUUUGUAUCCAAACUUUUUCAAAAUUUUGGAAGGGUAGAACCGGAAGGGUCGUCACAAACUUGUCAAAGUCAGAUUCUUAUGCAGUACAAUGACAUUGUGGAGAGCUGUCAUUCUGGUUGUUAUGUUAUGUUACCUUUUGGACAAAGGGCACUCGAUAAAUUAGUCCGGGUUGUUGAUGAAGAAAUGCAAGCCAUCGGCGGACAGAAAAUAUCACUGCCGACCUUAGCCCCUGCAAAAUUAUGGAAAAAGUCUGAACGUUGGGACGAUGCACUUAAUGAAUUGUUCACUUUAAAGGAUAGACAUAAUGUGCAAUAUUGUUUAGGACCAACACACGAAGAAUUAGUGACUAAUUUAAUGGCUAUGUAUUCUCCAAUAUCAGAGAAACGGCUACCCAUAAAAUUUUACCAAAUUACAAGGAAAUUCCGCGACGAAAUGAAGCCGAAACAUUUGUUGUUGCGAGGCAGAGAAUUUGAGAUGAAAGACAUGUAUUCUUUUGAUGCAAGUGAAUCAGAGGCACGGGAAACAUAUGAUAUUGUUUGUGAAUCAUAUUCCAGAUUAUUCAGUCGACUGGAGCUUCCGUUUGCAAAAGUUGAAGGAGCUACAGGAAACAUUGGAGGUUCAAUUUCUCACGAAUUUCAUCUUAUGUCUUCCGUGGGUGAAGACAAACUGUUAUUUUGUGAGAAAUGUUCCUUUCGAUCCAAUUCUGAACUAGUGAAAGACCAGAGUACAGUGUGUCCGACAUGUGAUGCAGAUUGCCAGCUUAGAACAUCACCCGGUAUAGAAAUCGGACACACAUUUUUAUUAGGAACCAAGUAUUCGUCUGUGUUCAAGUCCACUUGUAUGAAAAGUGAUCGAGGAAUUGACCUAACUCAUAUGGGAUGCUACGGCAUCGGUGUUUCCAGGUUAUUACAAGGAUCUGUUGAAGUUUUAUCAUCCGAGAAUAAAAUCAGAUGGCCAAGACUAAUAGCUCCGUAUCAAAUUUGUAUUCUGCCCCAUAAAGGCAUCAAAGCAGCAGCAGAGCAGUAUUUAGCAACAUCUCUAACGUUGAGCGAUGCCUUAAAUGUUAUGCCAAAUUUGAAACACGAAGUAGUGAUUGAUGAUCGACAACAAAUAUCACUGGGAAAACGACUAUUUGAUGCUAAACGACUGGGUUAUCCAUAUAUUAUAGUGGUUGGUAAACGAAUCCAAGAGAAUCCUCCAAUAUUUGAAAUAAUCGAAACAUCUACCAAUGAAUCCCAUUUCUUGUCCAUUGAUAGUUUGAAAGACUUUUUGUCCACUGUUGAAACUAUAUGA